GCCAGCCAGGACAUUUCUAUUUAGAGCUCUGAGGCAAAGGUGCCCUUGCUGCACUGUGCACCUGCUCUGCUGCCAAUACCCUCCCCCUUACUGGGGUUGCCAGAUGGUUUCAACAAAAAUACCAGACGCAGUUGACAUUACAUCCCAAUCUACAUCACAUCUGAUUUAGAAAAUACCGGAUGUUUAUAUUUUCUCAAUUUGUUUCCUGAACAGAAAGCUCAAAUACUGGACUGUCCAGUUCAAAAUCGGAGACCUGGCAACCCUACCCCUUGUCAGCCACCCUUCCCGCUGCUAAAUGAGCAGCGUCAGAGCCGGGGGGAGGGGGAUGGUGGCUAGUCUGAAAUCCUGCUUUCUUCCUCCACCACCAAUUGCUGCAGCUCUGUUGCUUCCCACUCUCAGAAACUCUCCAGCUGUGCUUCUCAGUCUCCUCAGUGCUUGGAAAUACAAGAAAUAGCAGCAGCUCCCGUGAGCAUGAGGUCACUCCAUCACAUGGGCGCUUUGGGGAAAGAAGGAAGCAAAAAGCCACAUCUCUUAGCAACUCUGGGCAUCUUCCCUAGUCUGCCAGCCCUGGAGCUGCUGCUGCUGCUUCAGUUCUCCCCUCUGCCUUCAGUGAUCUGCUGCCUCCAGAUUCCUCUCCCUGUGUCUUCUAACCCCAGCUGCCUGGGGAUGCUGCUGAAAUAAUCCCAGGGAUUCUGCUUCUGUCCCUGGAACAAGCUCAGGGAUUCUCCCCCAGACAUUUUCAUGGGAAAGGCUCAUCAGUGAGGGGACACACUGAGGCCAGCAGCAGCUCUCCAGCUGAUUUCCAGGAGAGCAGGCUCUGCAGUUUCCUCAAACUUGUCUUCCUGAAAUCUGAUCGCCUUGGACUCCGGACUGUAGUAUUGCCAAAGCCUCCCUUUGUCCACUAGGUUAAGUCUCUCAAGACUGGUUCCUGCCAGCAUGGACGGUGUGCCCCCUGUGCCGAGGACUUGAGUCCAUUGGUAGGAGUCCUUUGUGCCACAGGCACCAGCAGGUAACAUUCACUGUACAGCUGAGGCCUGACAAGCAGAGAGAAGCCAUGGCCGACGCCUCAGAGAACACGAGGAGGAGCAGGCGAUCUAGCUCACUGAAGCGCAGGUUCCUCUGGAAGCUCCGCCAGAAAUGGAAGCUCCUUGGCCUCUUUGAGAUCGACAGGGAGCACGAGUUUUAUGGCCUCACCUGCAUGCUGAAGGUGGGGCUCAGGGCUGCCAUCCAGGAGGCCAUUGACAACCCACCUACGGAAGCCCUGUGCGAGGCAGACUGCAAGGCUGUGCUGAAGCAGGCCCAUGAGGGCUUUGAGAUGCGUACGUACGGUGGCCCAGCCUUCGCUCACUUCAGGCACUCGCUGGGCAUGUCGGAGAAGGAAUACCAGCAGUCCCUGUCCUCCCGCAGCUUCUAUCUGCAGUUCAUCAGCAACUCCAAGAGCAAGGCUGACUUCUUCCUGACGAACAACAAAUGCUUCUUCCUGAAGACACAGAGUAAGAGAGAGAUCCGGUUCCUCCUCUCCAACCUGCCCAAGUACAUCCAGCACCUUGAGAAAUACCCCCACUCCCUCCUCGUCAAGUUCCUGGGGGUUCACAGCAUCAUCGUGGCCCAAGAGAAGAAGAAAUACUUCAUCAUCAUGCAGAGCGUGUUCUACCCCGAAGAGCGGAUCCUCCAGCGGUACGAUAUUAAAGGGUGCCAGGUGAAUCGCUGGACGGAACCUCCCUCCGAGGGCAGCCACGUCAUCGUGGUGCUGAAGGAUCUCAACUUCGAAGGAAAUUCCAUCCACCUAGGCCAGCAGCGCUCCUGGCUCAUCCGCCAGAUGCAGCUGGACACGCAGUUCCUGGAGGAGCUGAACGUGCUGGAUUACAGCCUGCUGGUGGCGUUUCAGCCCCUUCAUGCAGACGAAAAGAGCCUGAACCUGUCCUUCACGGACAUGGUCUUCAGGACCACCAGGUCCUUGAACAACCUCGGGAGCUGCCAGCCCACCUCGAUGUCAGGGAUCCUGGAGGAGGAGUCAGACAUGCUGGUGUCUGAGAUGAUGGGAGAAGCUGACCUCUACCGACUGCGUGAGCGGUACUCCGGGAUGCAGGACGUGGGCCUCCGAAACAGCGCCAUGUCUGAUACUGAGCUGGCCCAGAUCCUGGCCCAGAACCGACGCCUGCUGCCCAGAUGCAAGAGCCCUCUGCACUUGCUGGAUGGGCCACAGUUCCGCUACUUCAUGGGCAUCAUCGACCUGUUCACCGUGUACUCCUUCCGCAAGAAGCUCGAGCACCUGUGGAAAUGCAUCUGGUACCGGGGACAGACCUUCUCCACUGUCAGCCCCUCGGAUUAUGCCAGGCGCCUCUGCCAGUGGGUGGAAUCACACACUGUAUGACCAGGACUCUGCAUUGGGGCAGAAAGUGGAGGCAGCUUCUCCAGCAGCCCCACUCACAUGCUGGGAGAGUUACUAGCUCCCAGAGGGUGCUGCAAGCUGCCUGCAUCUGGUCCCUGCACCUGCAGGGGGCAGGCUGCUGUGUUACAGGAAGGCAGAAGGAACAUUGCCAGUGUUCUGAGAGCAGGCUGGGGGCAUCAGAAACUGAGAGUGGGAGACGCCGUGUUCAGGCAGGCAACAGCUGUCCUGCAGCGUGCUGUGGGGAUGGGGUUCUGUGUAAGUGCCACAUCUAUCCAAGGAACCCAGUAAAUGGGGACUGUGUGAAUCAGCUGCCAGGCAGCAUUGCUGCCGCC